CUAAAAGGCAGCUCCCUCUGAGAAGAUGCUCACUCCCCUCGUCUCUGCUAUCCUGCUUGCAUCUGACUCCUCCCUCCUGCAGCUCGGAACAGCGCAGGGUGAACCCAACAGCCUCUCAUUUCUACUAUGUUUCUCCCCGAGCUACUAGAGCUUGAACAUACCUGAUACUCUGCCUUCGUUUCAGCUGAACUCGUGAGUAAGGCACAUUGCCUGAUAUCUGUCAAAAGUGAACGGCAUGUUAUUACCUGAAGAGCCUAAAUUAACCAUCUUUCAGUACUGAAAGGAUUCUGAAGAACUGCAUUUUUUUCAGUACCUUUGAUACUUCGUCGUUGCCUGAUUUUUCAAGAGCAUGAGUUGUUCUGAUUACCAAGGGUGCUUUCGCCUGAAUAUUUCUUCAUCAGGUGCCACAAAAGAGAGUCUAGGAAAACAAAGAAACUUGUGAUGUGGAGCUAACAGUUCUGGUUUCAGCUAGUGAAAACUUGCAGAGUCAGUGAGAAGGCAAAGAAAAAAAUUUGCCAAGGACAAUGUCGGUAACACCUAGUAAUUUGUCACUCAAUGGGACGAGCUUCUUUGCUGAAAAUCGUAGCAUUAUGGAUAAGCCUAGCGAGCAGAGAACUUUGAAUGUCUUUCUAUUCUGCUUGACUUUUAUCAUUGCAUCUACAGCAUUUCUGGGCAGCAUUUAUUCACUGGUUUCCCUGCUCAAAAUGCAAAACAAAACCACGGUUUCAAUGAUUGUGACCUCUUUGUCAAUAGAUGAUUUCAUCAGCAUUGGGCCAGUGAUUAUUUUCAUGCUCACCCAGUGGUCAAGUGAUGACCCCCCCCAGCCUCUGUGCACCACCUCAGCGCUUAUAUAUUUAUUCCAGGGCAUUUCUAGCAACCUGAAAGGAUCUCUUAUAGUUUCUUACAACUUCUACACCAUCAACAAAACUGAGACGAUGAGCUGCAGCACUUCCAAGCGGCAAGUAAGCAUGGUAUGGGCCAUUCUUACCAUUUGGAUUGUCAGUUUGCUGAUCUGCAUUUUGCCUCUCUGUGGUUGGGGCAAGUACAUCCCUACCUCCUGGGGCUGCUUCACUGACUGUGCCAGCUCCUACAUCUUGUUUUUAUUUAUUGUCUACUCGCUGUGCUUUUGCCUCCUCACAGUGCUGUCUGUUCCUCUGACUUACCAGCUGUUGUGCUCAGAUGAGCAACAGCUAUUACACAUUGAUUACCAGGAAAUCUCUCGAGGCUACGUCACCCCUGGGACGCCUGCAGGCUGCAGUACUGCUACCCCGCCUCUGUCACCGGUGGGCCCUGUGGAUAAAACCCUGAAGCAUCUCCAAAAUCCAUGUCCAAGCUCAGAAGCAGUUUUUAGGAAAGGUGUGGCUGAAAGCGGUGCACUCGAGCCUCGCUGCAUGAACAGCAUACAGAGCAGGAGCUUCGUGGUGGGCUUUGCCCAGAAACGAUUCUCGCUGAUUCUUGCAUUGACAAAAGUCCUUCUCUGGCUUCCUAUGAUGAUACAGAUGGUUGUCCAGCACAUCACUGGUUUUCAAAGCCUUUUAUUUGAGACUCUGACUUUGCUGGCUGCCACGGUCACCCCAGUAUUUGUCCUGUCAGAACGCUGGAUCCACCUGCCCUGUGGCUGCAUCAUUAAUUGCAGGAGGAAUUCAUAUGCAGUGUCUUCAGAAGAACUCAAAACCAAACGUAGGGGUUUCGAAUUCAACCUGUCAUUCCAGCAAGGCUAUGGAAUCUACAAAAUAUCCCAUGAAAACCACCACCACCACCACCACGACG